UGAAUAAUAUAAUUGUUGGACAAACAUAUGAUUAAACAGUUGAUAAACAUGAUGAAUAAUUUACCUGGCCUCUUUAAGAAGUCAUGCUUACUGCUCCGCCUAAACAGUCAUAUUGGUUCAACAUUAAUGAUGUUAUUUCCACCUCAGCACACUGUUAACUACUAACACCAUACAAUCCAUUUACACAACACACUACCGUCCACAUUUAAGAUUCUUUAAAUAGCCAAAUGUUGAGCAAGAUUAUUUCACUUUUAUAUUUUCUUUAAUGCUGCUCGUUUACUUAGUAUGAUUUAACACGUUGCAAAUAAAAUAAUUUUAAAAUUGAAUACUGCUUUCUCAGUUGAUCUCCAACAGGUAUGACAAACACCAGACCUGCUUUACAAAAGAGACAAAACAUGACUUUUACUGAAUCUGAUGAUCUUAAUUACCAGACACAAUGUUAGUUAAGCUCAUAUUUUAACAAAACUUUUAUUCAACAAGCCUCACUCUGCCUCCAUUUUAACUUUACUUCAUGAGAAGCAGAACACAAUUGAGCCAUAUUUAUUCGAGCCAGAGUAUACGCCGAAGAAAUGCAGUGGAGAGAGGCUGAAGUUAUGACUGCAUUAGCCCUGCAAGAGGACACCCUCCAGAACCUGAGCCGCCGACAGAAAACAGAGACUGGUGGUGCCUUCGCUCAAACUGCCCCCCCGAUGCCAACAGAAACUGUAUCAUUCUGCUGCAAUGAAUUUCAGCGUGGGCAGUUUUUGUUGGAUGGCGUUGCCGAUGCCAACCCAGAGAGAGCCUGUAUGUGCGUUACUAUGCAUGAAGUUUUACUCAGAACUUGGACAGAGGUGUGCUGGAGACCUUCAGGAUCCCGAAGAUAAACUGGAAAAGACAACCAUGACGAGCAGGGCAGAGAGGGCAGAUGAUUUCACCAAUGGAACCUUUUUCCCAAGAUCCCUCUGAACUGCUUCCAUGUAUUGAGGCUUUUGACGGAAUAUAUUCAUCACCACUGCCUUCAGUGCAGCUUAUAGAGGCUUCCCAUCCAUCAGACACCUUGAAGAUUGAUUCCAGUAGCCGUGUUUCUGAUGACAGUCGCUCAUUAAUAUUCACAGGUGAACAGAAGCUCGCUUUGCUCUGAUUCGUCCUGAUGAAUCUGCAGAAAUGUCAGCGCUGCUCUUCGGUCCUCGUGAUGCUGCAAAUGUCACUUCAGCUGCUUUCAUGUGUGUGAUGGACGUCAGGUGCCCCCUCUGAUGGGAGACAUUUGUUGUUGAAGGUGGAGGAGCCGGAGGCAGCUAUCACCUGCGAUCUGCUCAUAAAGGCGCCUCGGAGUCCGAACAAAGCUCCUCCCGCCGCCUCGGCCGCUUUCAUUUCCUGUGCGGCAGGAAAUUGUCUCCGCUCGCGGCCGAUAGCGCGCCGCCUCCGGCCGCGACUUAUCGAGCUCCAUCUCCCAGGUUUUAUUGAAGUGGAGGCCGCUUUGUGUGGACUGACGCCUGGCUGUCAUUCUCUCAGCUCCGGCUGCUCCACCUGCUCAGUCUGAGCCCAGUGAAGCGACGCCACUCCGCCCGUCCACCUCCAGACCCGGCACAGAGCUGCGCGCGUUCGACUCCGUACUGUACAUGACUAGUUUGCAAAGUCUCACGUGACACAAAUCAAAGCCACGAGAUGUAUUUGAAUAAUUAUUUGACAGUAAAAACGGAAGCAAACUGCCGAAACGUCCCCGGGACCGACACGCCGUCUGUCUCCGCUGCAUUGACGUCUGACGGAUUAUUAUUAUUGUGCUGCUCAGUUUCUGUACACGUCAUACUGGGAACCUUCGCACUGUCCCGCACAAACCACAGCUCUCCUUAUAUUUUACGUAUUUUAUGAGAUUUUUCUAUUUUCUGUUGAUAUUUCUUGACUUUUGCAGUGCUGGUUUUUAUGUUUUCCUUCCUCUUACUGUUUAUUGUUCUGAUUCUGUGUGUUUAUCGACACGCGGACACAUUAACGGGGUCGGGAUUCCUUCGUGCUGCAGUUUCCACCGUCAGUGAAGUUUCUCGACUGUUCGAUUCAUCGUUUUAAUAAAACAUCCGAAUGCAGUGAAAAAUGUUUCCCACUCAGUUCACUGUGAUGGAAACUAUAUCGAAUAUAUUUAAUAAUAUAAAACUGAGAAAAGCUGAAAAUCUGAAACAUUCGACCUUUUUGCUUGAAAAUGACUAAAAUGAUUAAUUAUCAAAAUAGAUACAUUUUCUGCUGAUCAGCUGAUCAGUUCAUUGACUGAUCAUUGCAGCUGCUGCAUCAGCAACACAACUGAGUAGCUUCAUCUCCAUAGCAACAACAGCAGCUGAGGCUCAUGGGUAUUGUAGUAUUUGGUAAUUAUGUCGUUCUGUCCUCUGUGGUCCAGACUGAAGCGUCUCAGCAGCUGCUUCAUCGUUCAUGCUCCCCUCAGGAUGAACUGUAAUAACUCUGCUGAUCCUCUGACUUUCCCUCUAGCGCCACCAUCAGGUCGACACGUUAACUUUAUUGUUUUAAUAACAAUAAAGUUUAUUUGUACAUCACAAAGUGAUUUUAAUAAGCAAACAAUAAAAACAUGUUAACUUGUCUGACACUUACCUGCAGAGCUGAUGGCGUUCCCAUCAGCCUCAGCUGCGCUCUGUGUUCACUGCUAACUGGCUAAUGUUAGCAUUGUCACUGUGAGCGUGUUAGCGUGCUGAUGUUAGCAUUUAGCUCGAAGCAGCUGGUUUGUAUUUCCUGUCUUUCUUUCUGUGAUUGUAAUAUUUGUGUUUCACUGCUGCUGCCACAAAUGUUGUCUAAAAGAAAGCUGUUCAGUGGAGGGAGGAGCGUCAACAGCCCCCCUCCUCCUCCUCCUCCUCCCCCUCCCACCUCCUCCCCCCUCCUCCCCCCUCCUCCAGUAUUUAAGCGGAGGCGCUGGAGGCGUGGGGCCGCACAGUCUGUGUGAGAGUCUCAGUGUGAGCAGCAGCACAGCGCAGCAGGCUGGAGCCCUGGUACUCCUACACCCACUGGUUCCCCAUGGCCUCGUCCCAUGUGAUGAAGGGCGGCCCGGAGCCAGUGCCCAGGAUGCAGCCGGCCAUGAUGAUGUUCUCCAGCAAGUACUGGUCCAGGAGGGGACUGUCGCUGGACUCGGCCAUGUUCGACCACCAGCAGCAACGCCACACCGGGGGACAGAUGUCGAGGCGUCCGUCCUUCUGUCCCAUCAGCGAGACGCCGGACAAAGAGAGCGCUGAGGAUUCUGGGAAGACGGCGGUGGUGUUUUCUCUGAAGAACGAGGUCGGCUGUCUGGUCAAAGCUCUCCGACUCUUUCAGGUGAAGCGGGUGAACCUGAGGCACAUUGAGUCCCGGAUGUCGCAGCGUGCGGUGAACGAGGUGGAGAUCUUCGCAGACUGCAGCUGCAGUAAGAAGGAGUUUAACGAGCUGCUGCAGCAUCUCAAAGAUCACGUCAGCAUCGUGUCCUUCAACACGCCGGCGCACGUCUGGUCGGCUGAGGCGGAUGGAGACGACGUCCCGUGGUUCCCGAUGAAAAUCUCCGAGCUGGAUCAGUGUUCUCACCGAGUGCUGAUGUACGGAUCGGAGCUGGACGCAGACCAUCCCGGCUUUAAGGAUGAUGUUUACCGUCAGAGGAGGAAAUACUUUGUGGAAGUGGCCAUGAAUUAUAAAUUCGGGCAGCCCAUCCCUCGUAUCGAGUACACCCCGGAGGAGGUCAGGACGUGGGGGGUCGUCUUCAGAGAACUGACCAAACUGUACCCGACUCACGCCUGCAGAGAAUACCUGAAGAACCUGCCGCUGCUCAGCAAACACUGCGGCUACAGAGAGGACAACAUCCCGCAGCUGGAGGACGUCUCCCUGUUUCUCAGAGAGAGGUCUGGUUUCACAGUUCGGCCAGUCGCAGGUUACCUGUCUCCCAGAGAUUUCCUGGCUGGUUUGGCCUACAGAGUGUUUAACUGCACUCAGUAUGUUCGUCACAGCACCGACCCGCUCUACACACCUGAACCCGACACGUGUCAUGAGCUGCUGGGUCACGUGCCGCUGCUGGCGGAUCCAAAGUUCGCUCAGUUCUCUCAGGAGAUCGGCCUGGCUUCCCUGGGAGCGUCUGACGAGGACGUUCAGAAACUCGCCACAUGUUAUUUCUUCACUAUCGAGUUCGGACUCUGCAAACAGGACGGUCAGCUGAGAGCGUACGGAGCCGGUUUACUGUCGUCUAUUGGAGAGCUGAGGCAUGCCCUGUCCGACCAGGCCCGGGUGAAGAUGUUUGACCCGAGGACGACCUGUAACCAGGAGUGUCUCAUCACCACCUUCCAGGAAGUUUACUUUGUCUCCGACAGCUUCGAGGAGGCCAAAGAGAAGAUGAGGGAGUUCGCCAAGACCAUCAAGAGGCCGUUCUCGGUGUACUACAACCCGUACACUCAGAGCAUCGACCUGCUCAAAGACACCCGCAGCAUCGAGAACGUGGUGCAGGACCUGCGCAGCGACCUCACCACCGUGUGCGACGCUCUGGGCAAGAUGAACACCUACAUGGGCAUCUGACGCUGACACCCGCUUCACCUCUGAGCUCUGAUUGGUUGAAAACAUCAGUGGCACGUCACAACGCUUCUGUGGAACAUCACACCUGUCUUCAUUUCUCUGAGCUACCUGUAACGCAAACUGGAGGAACAAGAUCAUUUGAAGGUUUACGACAUGAAGGUAUCGCUGUCUAAUAAGUCACCUGUUAUAAAGGCUUAAUAAGUGUUAUUAAAAGCUUUAUUAAUGGUUAAGAUCAGUUCUAAGCAGUUAAUAAGCCCUAGUUUGGGUUGCCAGGUGUGUGUGUGUAUCUUUGCUGUAGGUAACAGUGCAGCGCUAAAUGUUUGUACUAAUCGCAGUGGGAAGAGAGGUGAUGUUGGAUGUUUGAGGCUGUUUAUUGUUCUUUGUGUGUAACAUUAUUGUGAAAUCAGUCUGACGAAGCCUGUGAUGAAACAGUUGCACGUGUGAAUAAAUGAAUUUAUGAAGUCGA